CGUGAGAGCGGGGAGAGUCCGAAGCUGUUGUUCUGGAAGACAGGAGGGAUUCUCUUUUUGGUCACCUAGCGCUGAUCCCAUGGCUGCCAUGCAGAUGGAUCCUGAGCUUGCCAAGCGCCUCUUCUUUGAAGGGGCCACUGUGGUCAUCCUGAAUAUGCCCAAGGGGACAGAGUUUGGCAUUGACUACAACUCCUGGGAGGUGGGCCCCAAGUUCCGGGGUGUGAAGAUGAUCCCACCAGGCAUCCACUUCCUCCACUACAGCUCUGUGGACAAGGCCAAUCCCAGGGAGGUGGGGCCUCGUAUGGGCUUCUUCCUUAGCCUGCAGCAGCGAGGCCUGAUAGUCCUGCGCUGGAAUGCCCUCCAGGAAGAGGUAGACCUGACCCCAGCCCCAGAGGCUGAGGUGGAGGCCAUGAGGGCCAACCUCCAGGAGCUGGACCAGUUCCUGGGCCCUUACCCAUAUGCCACACUCAAGAAGUGGAUUUCACUCACCAACUUUAUCAGCGAGGCCACAAUGGAGAAGCUGCAGCCCGAGAGCCGGCAGAUCUGCGCCUUCUCAGAGGUGCUUCCCGUGCUCUCCAUGAAGCACACCAAGGACCGCGUGGAGCAGAAUCUACCUCGCUGUGGCACUGAGUGCAAAAGCUACCAGGAGGGCCUGGCCCGGCUGCCAGAGAUGAAGCCCAGAGCCGGGACAGAGAUCCGCUUCUCAGAGCUCCCCACACAGAUGUUCCCGGCAGGUGCCACACCAGCAGAGAUAACCAGGCACAGCAUGGACCUGAGCUAUGCCCUGGAGACAGUGCUCAGCAAGCAGUUCCCCAGCAGCCCCCAGGAUGUGCUUGGUGAACUCCAGUUUGCCUUUGUAUGCUUCCUCCUGGGGAACGUGUACGAGGCAUUUGAGCACUGGAAGCGGCUCCUGAAUCUCCUGUGCCGCUCCGAGGAAGCCAUGGUGAGGCACCACACCCUCUACGUCAACCUCAUCUCCAUCCUGUACCACCAGCUCGGCGAGAUCCCGGCCGACUUCUUUGUGGACAUUGUCUCCCAGAACAACUUCCUCACCAGCACUUUACAGGUUUUCUUUUCCUCCGCCUGCAGCGUUGCCGUGGAUGCCACCCUGAGGCAGAAAGCUGAAAAGUUCCAAGCUCACCUGACCAAGAAGUUUCGGUGGGACUUUGAGGCAGAGCCAGAGGACUGCGCUCCAGUGGUGGUGGAGCUCCCUGAGGGAGUAGAGACUGGCUAACUGGGAAUACUGUCGGCCAGGGGCGGUCCCUUCCCCCACGGCUGCCGUGCUGGCCUCUCCAUUCACCCCUUCCUUCUGGGACCUGCGGGGGUAGCGGCCCCACCAGGUGCUGCAAAGAUAGAGCCAGAAUUCCCUCUUUCACCAAUAAAUAAGUUUCUUCAGUGCCCAACAGGCAGUAUGCAUCCUGAAGGCACAAUCAUGGGUUCCCGUCAGGGGAAGGCUAACCUGACCAGAUUCCAGCUCUUUCAGAAGCUCUCGGGAGAGACCUGCC